GCUUGUUGCAACAUUGAAUUAUGGAAGGUAUUGAAAUUAGUGAUUCAAAUAGAUGGAAAAAGGAUGAAGAAGAAGUAUUGAAAUGGGAAGAUAAUGAGCAUGAUGUUCCAACUUAUAAUAAUAAUGAUAAUGUUAUAAGAAGAGGAAGUGAUGAUGAAAGAAUAAUUAGUCUUAGCAUGGAAGAGAAAAGGAAUUUGUUGAAUAGACUUAUGAACAUUCCUCAAGCAGAAGAAGACAAUCACAACUUCCUGUUAAAGCUCAAACAACGAUUUCAUAGGGUUGGGAUAGAAUUUCCGAAAAUCGAAGUUCGUGUCGAACAUUUAACUGUAGAAGCAGAAGCGUAUGCGGGGACAAGAGCAUUGCCUACAAUGUUCAACUUCACAAUCGAUGUGAUUGAGGGUGCCUUGAAUUAUUUCCACGUUCUCCCAAAAAGAAAGAAGUCAUUUUCAAUUCUGAAUGAUGUUAGUGGAAUCAUCAAGCCUGGAAGGUGA